GUGGGAGGCAGACAUCCUCGCCGCCUCGACCGACCGCAAGAUUGCUGCCGCCACGUCUCCGCCAUGCGUUGUAUUAGCUGUAAGAAGGAAGGAGCUUCCAAGCAAUGCAGUCGUUGUGGAAACGCUUCAUACUGCAGUCGAAGCUGCCAGGUUCGUCACUGGCACGCUGGCCACAAAAAGAUCUGCACAUCUAAGCCCGUUGUGCUGAUCCCGCCGGAAGACGGCCUGCCGCCGAUGUACCCAGGACCUCCAGGUUGGAUGCACCGAGCCGAGUACUACAUACAAACGCUUGGGAAGCUUCCGUUUCUCCCCAAACUCGCGAAUAAGUAUGAGGAGUACCGCGAACGCGAAGCCCGCACACGUUACCUGCGCCAUUUUUAUAAAAAGCAAUCGUACGGCCUGAACGGUGCGAUUUCGUUCGCGGAUCAUGUCGAGAAUUUCAAAUUGAUCGGGUUCGACUUGAACGCCAAGCGCCCCCUCUCAGUCACAGACAGCGGCAUGUGGUCCUUUGUCGAGAUCACCACCACAAUUGGGGUGCCGCCGCUUGUGCUCAAGAGCCUUCGCCCGACACUGCCGACAUUGGUGACUCGUUGCGUCGUGUGCAGAUGCGAUUGCACGAGCGAGUGCGCGUGUGGCGUCGCGUAUUGUUCGCGAGACUGCCAGCGCGCUGAUCUCGUCCGGCACAAGCGCCACUGCGAAAAAGUCCACGCCAAGUACGAGUUUGCUCUCGUGCUGACUGCGCGGUACUGGCAGAGCUUUGAUACCCACGAACGACCAAGUUUCGAUCUGAAUUAAGGCAACUGCUGCU